ACUACCCCCAGGAAGCCAAAGGCAGGCUCCCCCAGCAAAGCAUUUCAUCCCAUAGGAGACAGGGGUGAGCCCCAGGUGUCAUGCGAGCUUUCAAGAGUCUGGCUCAGAAGGUGCAGAGCCUCCAGCCCUCCCUUGAUUCAGAGACCAGUGCAACCAGCGUCCCUCUGCUUCACUCUCAACCUCUGUGACAGCUCCUGUGGGCAGCCGGACUUCAGAACUGUGCUCAUUGAUUCCCUCCAGUGUCAUCUCCACUAUCAUUUAUGAAAAUGUUGAAUUCAGGAAACUGUAUGAAUAUUCCUACCAGCAUGAUUCAUAACAGAGGCAGAAGCAACUCAGAUGUCAUCAACUGAUAGAAGAUAAACAAAUGGUGGUACAGUCACACAAUGUGGUGUCAUUCCGCCUGCAAAAGGAAGAGUGUGCUGAUAGAUACAUGGAUGGACCAUGGAAUGGAGCCAACUGGAAAGAGCCAGACACACAGAGCCAGACACACAGAGCCAGACAUUGUGACAUUCUCCAUUUACGAUACCCAGACAGCGGAAGACUCGGCUGGAGCGCCGGAUUGUCGGUGCAACCAACCGAUGGCGUUUUCCCCAAGACCAUUUCUGCGGAGACCUGCUGGCCCUCUCCCAGAUGUGCAAUAUUUUGAACAUAGACCUUGAUGAAGCUCUGAAGAACCCAGACAAAUUAUGCAUUUCAAAAUUCCAAAAGUUUUUCUCUGAGAAUAUCAUGAACAGUGGCACCCAAAGUGGGGAAGCAGACGUGAUCCUUGAAUGCCUCGGCUUCAAGUGGGAACUCCACCAUCCUCAGAUUUUCCAGUCUGAGACCUUGGGCAAGCUCUACUUGAGAGCCUUGAUACAGAACACAAAAACCCCUCAGAGGGAGCUGGACAAGGUUCUGAAAGCUCAUCCACCUGGGAAGACCAAAAAAAGGUCCUCUGUAAAGAAGAUCAUCAUUUCCCUGAGGAUCAAUGACCCAGCAGUCACCAGAGUUGCCUUUGCCGUGGCCCUGAAGAACCUCUACAUGAACGAGGUGGAGAUGACUGUGGACAAUGUGUUGGGCGUGCUGGCUUCCGCUCACAUCCUCCAGUUCAACCGACUGUUUCAAAAGUGUGUCAACAUGAUGUUGAACAGACUCGCACCAACCACCAUCAAGAACUUCUACUUGGCUGGCUGCAAGUACAAGGAAGAGCAGCUCAUCAUCGCCUGCGAGAAGUGGCUGGCGAUGAACUUGGUCCCUCUAGUGGGGACGCAGAUCCACCUCCGCCAGAUCCCUGAACCUCUGCUGUAUAAGGUGCUGAAGUCGCCCAGGUUGUUCACCUUCAGCGAGUUCGACCUCCUGAAAACCUUACUCAUGUGGGUUUACCUGCAGAUGAACUGCAAGGUCCAGAUGAUCCCAAUCCACGAGACCAUGCUGGAAUUUUUUAACAGCUUUUCCAAGAAGUGCUGCUUCCUAGAACAGGAUCCAGGACAGAGCUGGAUGCCACUCUUCCUUUGCCUGCGUCUGCACGGCAUCACCAGUGGCAAAGAUCUGGAGGAGUUAAAGCACAUCAAUUUCUUUCCUGAGUCCUGGCUGGUCCGGGUUACAGCCAACCAUUAUCACGCACUGGAGAGCGGAGGCAACAUGAUCCACCUGAAAGAUCUUUCUACACAGGCUAUGAGGUUCGGGCUGCUCUUUAGGCAGGAAUAUACCACUUACUCGGAAAGGAUUUCUAUAUACGGAUACUUCUUUGAGAUAAAGGGAAUCAAACAUGAUAAUACCUCUUACAGUUUUUGUAUGCAGAGAAUAAAACAUACAGACUUGGAGUGCUCCUCACCAGUCUGUGAGCACAGUACCAUCAGCCUGAGGUCUGAGCGCCUGGUGAAGUACGAGAUCCGAGCCCAGACGCUGGUGGACGGCAGGUGGCAGGAGUUCAGAACAAAUCAGAUCAUGCAGAAGUUUGGGUUUAUCAAGCCAGGCUGCAAAAGCCAUGCCUUGAAAAUCAAAACCGAGGGCAUCCCAAUCUACGCCAGCUUUGCCUUCAUCUUCCCAGCAUCUUGAUAGCUUUCAUAGGAAUCUAUGGGGAUCCCCUUCCCUGACCAGCCUGACUCCAUAAGAGAAAUAAAAAUGACAUUAAGGAGGGGA